ACUCAACGUCAGUUGGAUGUUUUAGCAACAAGUUUCACCACCCUUAUACAAACGCUAAACCAAAAUGCAAAGUAUAUGAAUCAUGUUAGUUUUUGUGAUCAACUUGGUCGACAUGAAGUUAUCGACCAACAAAAUCUGGCCGUCUUACCUCAACAGCCUACUACAUCGUGUCCUGAUGAUAACAAUAACCCCGGUGAUGAAGUAGCCGUUGAACUCGCAGCUGUUACGCAAGAAACAAUAACAGCAACAACUGUAAUCUGAAAGAAUCUGCACUUAUGCGACCAGAAAAUGAUUCUGUAGUACACGAGAUGUCUUUUCGGAAGAAUUGCUUGAAUGAUCUACUUAAUAGAGACCGUAAUAUUAUUCUUAAUACUGAUCAAAAUGUGGAAGAAAUUUUGCCUCCAAAAACUCCUUCCCCAAAGCUUGAUUCUGGUACUCCCGUAAGGAGCUUUGUUGUGGUCGAAUACAUGUCACUGUACCAAUCAGCUCAAGAAGGUGACUGGGAGAAAGCCCAAGAGUUGUUUAAUGGUAAUCCAAGCUCGAUGACAGCAAUAAUCACAAUCGAGUCAGACACGGCACUACUUGUAGCUGCAGAUCACAAACAGUGGGAAUUUGUCGAGAAACUUGUAAGAUGCAUGCCGCAGGAAGCACUUGGACUAAAAGAAACCAAAUUUGGUUACACUGCACUUCACAUUGUUGCUAGAGAAGGAAAGACAAGAAUUGCUGAAGCAAUGGUGACCAAAAACAACAAUCUGACACAAAUACGUGAUAACGAAGGAAGAGUACCACUUUUAAUUGCUUCCUUGUUCGUUUCACUUGGGAAAAAGGAGACGAUUGAGUAUCUUCUUAGUGUCACUAAGGAUGAGAAUCCAAGUCCCUUAUCUGGUCCUGACGGUGCUGCACUAAUGUGUAAUUUACUUGAUGCAGACUACUAUGACAUUGCUCUGUCUCUCUUUCAUCGGUCUCCCGAGUUGGUUAUGGAAAAGGCGAAAAACAGCAAUAUGUGGCCUCUAGAAGUGAUGGCUCAAAGACCGUUCAACUUUCAAAGUGGAAGUAAAUUAAAUUUCUGGCAACGGAGCAUCUACUCAAUGGUUCAUGUGGACGUGCCAAUUUCAACUAACAGUAACAAUAUAGACGACCCGGAGAAUCCAGCAGUGACAGCUGAAUCCUCGCCAACAAGCCGAACCAUGACCAUUCUCUAUUGGCUCUGCCAAGUCCCCGGCAUCAAACAUUUAUACAAGCAAAUAUACAAACAAAAGUCGAUGCAUGGACAUGCCUCCAGUUUAGUUAAAGGUAUGUUUGCACAACUUAAUCAGAUGACCACUGAGGCCGAGGAAGCAGAUUUUUUUGAGAAUUCUGGGGUAUUGAAGACAGCUAUAAAAUUUGGGACAACUGAACUUGUUGAAGAGUGUCUAAAAGAAUUUCCUUACCUAAUCUGGACUAAAAUGAUGAAGAAUCAAACACUAAUCCAAAUGGCAAUUGAAGAACGAAAUGAAAAUAUUUUGAAUCUCAUGUGCAAGAUUAGUGAGGAAGAUAAAAACGAACUGGUUUCUAGAAAAGAUAAGGAUGGUAAUGGGGUCUUGCACUAUGCCGCCAAGUUAGCGCCUUUCCCUCGACUCAAUUUAGUUUCAGGUGCAGCUCUACAGAUGCAACGAGAGAUGCAGUGGUUUAAGGGUGUGAAAAAUAUGGUACUAAAAUCGGAAAGAUUGGUCAGAAAUAAAGAUGGGUUUACAGCCCAAUCUAUAUUCACAACGCAACACAAGGAGCUGAUGAGGGAAGGAGAAAAAUGGAUGAAGGACACUGCUCAAUCUUGCAUGCUGGUGGCCGCCCUUAUCGCUACAGUAGUAUUUGCUGCAGCUUUUACUGUGCCUGGUGGAAAUUUCAAUAAUGAUGAAAGUAGUGAUAGAGGCAUCCCAAUUUUCUUGAACGAAAAUUCAUUCAUGAUUUUCGCCAUAGCAGAUGCCUUGGCUCUAUUUUCCUCAAUCACAUCAAUUCUUAUGUUCUUAGCCAUUCUGACAUCACGAUAUGCAGAAGAAGAUUUCCUCCUUUCUUUACCAACAAAACUGAUACUUGGUCUUGCAACUCUCUUUUUCUCUAUAGUCACGAUGAUGGUAGCCUUUGGUGCAGCACUUGAUAUUGUGCUUGUGCAUAGAUUAAGGUGGGUUCCUAUUCCUAUAGUGCUAUUUGGUUUCGUGCCUGUUACCUUAUUUGCAUUACUGCAGUUUCCAUUGUUGGUGACAAUGGUGAGUUCUACUUAUUGGCCUCACAUCUUUGGCAAACAAAGCAAACAUAUGUUUCGUUUGUCUAAUAGCUAA